GCAUUGUCUAUCUCUUUUUGUCCAACAAAUGCGAGCCGUGGGCUUUCGAAAGAACAAUAAGCAUGGGAGGUCAAUGGAUCAUCCACUAGAGUCGAAGCUACAUAAACCGUUGUUCUCACCUGGCUCAAAUGUAUUCCAUCCCCUCUUUAUUCUUUCUACUCCAUCCAACCGGUGCUGGACCACCUGAUCAUUCAUUCCCUAAAGACAUUCUUGCGAUCGCCGUCGUUUAAGCCAUACAAUCUACAAUCUUAACUACCCCCUAGACCUCAUCACAUUUUCUGUCAUAAUGGUUGCCACUCGAGCAUAUAUUUUCUUUGGACUCAAUGCCGUCCGCAUUCUGAGCAUUGUGUCUCUCAUCCUGGUCUUUGCUAGCAGCAUCUUUGUCAUGGUCACAGACAUUGAAGCUGUUAACUCGUUUGAAUCUGCCAAGCAAAGCGGCAAUGUCACAGCGCAAGACCUUGUCGACUGCGAAUAUAUCGAAUCGGGGGCGUUUUUCUGGGCUAUCAUCAACCGCCUGCUCAUCAUUUUCCAAGUUGUCAUCCUUAUCCUUUCUGAAAUUGGCUGGCCAUCCAGUUUCUUCGACCGUUUUUUCCCUGUGCUUGGUUCUGGCUUUGGGCUCGGUGCCCUCGGUAUUUUCCAAGGACUUAUCGGAGCUGCAGUCCUCUCUCAGCAUGUGGAUGAUUUUACCCUCGUCUCCGCUUUCUUCCUUUUCGUCCUCGGUUGCAUCAACAUGUUCAUCGGUCUUAUCUUCCGGGAAUCUGCCAAGAGCAGACGUUCAAUCACCUCGUGGCGCGAGGAUGCCAAGAAUGUCUUGCCAACAACCAACCAGCCUCCUGUUUCCCACCUCAACCUCAACCGCUCAGCCUCGUCUAGCUCUGGGCAAUCAUUCACCUCUUCCACAAUGAAUGAGGAGAAGUCCAGCGAUCUUGGUGAGUUCGGUGCUGGCCGGAGUAGCAGCAGAGCUGGUUAUGGCUUUGGGCGUCAAGGAGAGAAGGCUGCAGGCCUGAAGGGCUUUCUGAUCUCCAAGCCUCUCGAAACGCUGCCCCGUUACGCAGCUCGUCCCACAACUGCUCCCUCACAGUCCUCGCGUUCACCUUCCCCUCAACCUCAGUUCUCUUCCAGCGGUACAGCGAUUUGAAUUGUUGGAAGCGACGACGAUUCCUAUGACAGGACUCACGAAGCCACUGGCACGGCACUGACAUGAUCGGACUGUAUAGUCUGCUGAGAUGUGCACACUACGGAUAACCCCAGCGCUGGGACGCUUCUCUCACGUCGAUGUAUUGACUUGACACUGUAUACUUUUGCGGUACAUUAUUUCGCUCUGUAUUUUGGCAGCUUGUAGCUUUAGUAACAUUCCAUAUUUUAAUUGGUGCUCUUUUAUCCCAAGCCAAUUUUUGAUUGCCUUGGGGUUGCU